AUGAUAUUCCAGUCUGCCAACAUGAACGUCUCACAGACCUAUAACGAACACCCUUCCACGACAUCCAAUUACAGGUCUGAGUAUGAAGCAUCCUAUGCGUCAUUUGACCGGCAUUCCUCUCCUUCACCUCAACCAUCCUCCUCGCCAUCGCCCAGCUCGUGGGCUCGCAGUUCUUUUGUAGACGCAGGCAGUCGCCACGAAGAUGUACUCCACACUGUCCUCGGAAGUCCUGGGGCGACAAAAACAACCACGUAUUCCGUCGCCCACCUCCGAAACCACCAUCGUCAUGACCAAUCCGAUGGAUUCUCCCAUAAGCUGCAUUCCUAUCAUGGAUCAACAACUCGACUCCCCUCUUCUGCGUACAGAUCGUCUCCCUAUGGUGCUCCGCGGAGUAGCAACAGGCUGCCAUCUGUGAUCGAUAGGAUCAAGACCGACCUAAAGACUCCCAAUCGAUCUACUGCAUCCCUCUCUUCACUCGACUAUCAACAGCAACAUCAAUCGGCCUACAACUCCUCACUCUCGCCACACCCAAUGCACCCGAACAAGGUGCGGUUCGAAGACGGUCCUCUCCAGCCUCUCCCCACUCCAGCCCUAUUUAGUGCGAAAUGCCAGAGGGCCUAUUUGGGUCAGAGAUCACAGAUGAAAAAGAGUUUUGACAGACUUCAGCAGAUAGACAGUGGCAAGGUCGAAUAUCGCACGAUAGCAUUCUGCACCCAUUUGACAGCGUCCCGUUGGGAACCUGCCGCCCCUUCUGAGACAACGCCUACCUCAGUAGCAGCUACGUCGGAUGGAAAUGCUAGCGCUGCUACCUCAAGUCCGUCAUCAUCCAAAAAUGACCCUGCGCAUGCAGCUCGGCUGAUGUCUCUGGCGAACUAUAUCCGCCACAUCCUGUCGCUAACGGCCGGCAUCCCAAGUGCACAACCUCAAGUAAAUGCUAUGCAGCAGCAGCACCAACAACAGCAGCAAGAGCAGCAAGAGCAGGCACGGGCCACAGAUCAUUCCUCUAGCGCACAUUCACGGCCCUCCGCCGUUUCGUCUGGACCUGGUCCGAUUAAGUCAGAGUCUAGCCGGCGGCAUCGAUAUUCACCCGAUUACCAUCGCUAUCCGGCACAGCGAAACACGCAUCAGAUCGAACAGCCAGGGAAUCGUUCCUCAGCAAAGCAAAAUUACAGUCGCGAGCCUUCGACACAGCUUCAGUGGGAUGACCAUAGCUUAAGAGAAGGAAAUCAAGACUGCGAACAACAUGGAGCGAAUCUGGCAAUGUCUCAAUUUCAUCCGCAGCCAUACCCGCCACGCUCGCAUCAUGCGUCGCCACAGCCCAAUCUAACAAUAGCAUGGGCAACGCACAAUCCACCAGCACCUGCCAGAAGCCUUCCACCACUUCUCAGGAUACCAUACCCGAACCUUACCUUGACUCUGGCCCUCAUCUACGUGGACAGACUGAAAGCGAAACAUCCUGAGGCCAGGGGUGAACCUGGAUGUUCGCACCGUCUCUUCUUAGUGGCGUUCAUCAUCGCAGCUAAGUACCGUUGCAGUGUAGAACUAGCACCGCCUGGGCCAGAGAAUCAGGGGGAGGAAGGGGAGGACGGCCAAGAUCGCGGCGGCAGACCAGACGAAAUAAGCACGGACGGCCCUUUUUUCACGGAUGCAGCGACUUCGGAGCAGACUUUGGAGGCUGAGCUAAUUUUUUCCAACAGUGCAUGGGUUCGAUUGUUGAAUCUCGGCUCAUUUUACCGACAGCCGCAGUCCACCACUGCGCCCGAUGCUGCUACUGCACGUAGCACGACAACAAGUCCCACAUCGCCCGCUCAGUCUGGUUCUGAUCAUGCGCAAACGCGACAGAGUCAGCCGCCAUCUCAAUCUCCCCCCUCCUCGUCAGCCAAUGGAACACAACCCCCCUCAAUAUCGUCGAUCAUUCAACCAGUGCCUUCUUCAUCUCCAGGAGGUAUGCUGCAGGUAGAAGACCUGGACAGGAUGGAAGCCGAGUUCCUGACAUUCUUAAACUUUGAUCUGGCAACCAUGAGUCAUGACCUGGAAACAUGCUGGAACUUACUUGCUGGAAAGAAAAUCACCACGUCGCAGGCUGCAAUGUAAAACUCUCGUACAUAUACUAUAAUAAUAAAUAAUAAGCAUAGAAUAC